UCGUCGUUUUAUAUCGACUACGUUGAACACCUUCCCUCAUUUUCAUCGCUUUUCUAUCGUGAAUAUUGUGCAAUAUCAUCGAAUCUCGGGAUAAACGACGGGUGAUUAAAAUUGUGCCAUUCGCACGGAAUUGCGAAGAAAACAUGACGCGAAAACACGUGCAACUUUUGGUUCUUGCUGCUUUUCUAUGUGUUGCGACGUGUAUCAGCAUUGACAGACAACUGAAGACAAAAAAACUAAAUAGAAAUGUUUUAAUACCACGAAUAGAUGAUAGCGAAAAUGAAAAACUGGAGAACAGAGAUUUCUCGUACAUCGUUAAGACUAAGAGAAAUAUACCAUGUAUCUUGGCAAAUAUGUCAAUAAUCAUUGCAGUACCGUAUAAAACUAACGACGGGAAUGAAAUUAUAAAAGAUUUACCCGUACCACUUAACGCAUCGACGGAUGGUAGUAAUUGUGCUGAUGUAAUAUCUCAACUGAAGUUAACUUGGAAAGAAAAAGGAGAUAAUAAGAUCGAAAAUAAUGUUAUUACGUUUACAUUUUUAAACGAUCAUACUAACUUCACGCUUUUCUCCGUCAACACCAGCAUUUAUUUGAAUGAAGAGAAAUUCCCUAAUGCUACAGCAGAUACAAACAAACGAGUGGAGUACACAUCGGAGAAGGAUCUUCGUUUAUUUGUAGCACCGGUGCAAAAUGGAUAUCAUAGGUGCAUUAAGAAUAUUAAUCAAACUGUUGGCAAACAUGAGUUAUUUAUAAGCAAUGUUACUUUAAUUGCAUUCAACAGUGUCGAGGAUAUUUCCUCGCGUAAAGAAGCAACAUGUCCUGACGAAAAAGAGGAAAUUAAAACGUUCCCCUAUAUUUUGAAAGAAAACGAAAAAGAUUGUAGUUUGGCAAGAAUGUCGAUUUCUUUGAAUAUAUCGUAUGCUACAAAGGAUUCAAAAGUUCAAUAUGGCACAAAAAUUGUUCCAAGUUAUGCUGAUGUAAGUGGACAGUGUAGUGACACUUCUAACUUGUUAUAUCUAACUUGGCCAGAAAAGAAUGAAAAUGCAUCAACAUUUGAUUCGAACACAAAAUGGAACCAAAUCAUAUUUAGAUUUAUAAAGAAAAAUAAAAUCGCCUCUGUUGAUGCCAUAAGUUUUGAUAUUAUCUUGGACGAAAAGAAUUUCCCUAAUAAUACUGGAGGAAGAAUCGCGGAUCAAACACCGCUUACAUUUGAUCCUAUCUUCUCCACAUCUGCUGAUAAUGGGCUGUAUAGUUGCGCAAAUGUAACUACAGUUAAUUUUGGCAAUGCCAUUAUGAGCAUUAGCGAUGUGCUUUUAGUCCCGUUCAAUGUCGAACAGGAUUUCUCUCUAAAAACAGUGGUAGAUUGUAAAUCACAGUUCAGCCUUUAUAAAGAAAACUUCAGUUACUAUGUAUUAACCGAGGACACAGAUGUGGCAUGCAUUUUGGCGAACAUGACGAUUGUCAUGGAAAUACCAUACACCAAAACAGAUUCGACUGUCGUCAACGGAACUAUUGUUCCACAUAACGUUACAGCAACCGGUACUUGCAAAACUUCGCUAUCAGAAUUAAAUUUAGCGUGGCCAGUGCCUAACAAUCAGGGGAAGAUGAACACGAUUACAUUUUACGUUACACAAAAAGAAAAUCAUUUCUUUGUGAUUAUGGCAGAUACCGACAUUUAUUUGGAUGAAGCGAACUUUCCAGGUGCUCGUGACCAGAAUAAAAAAAUAAGCAAGGCAUCAGAAUUAAAUAUCGAUUUGUUCAACGCUCCUGCGAAUGGACUUUACAAUUGCACGAACGUUCACAGGAUAAAAAUGGCCGACAGCGAGAUGAAUAUAACUAACGUUGUAUUUGUUGCAUUUAACACUGAGGAAGAUGUUAGUAAGAAGACAGUCCAAGAUUGUAACAGAACAGACAACUCAUCUACAACAGUCCCAACAGUCCCAACAGUCCCAACAGAUCCAACAAAUCCAACAGACCCAACAAAACCAGCAACAGUUACAGAUCAACCUACAACUAAACCCAGUACGAAUCCACCUCCUAAACCCGAACCUGACCCAUCUGUGAAAGCAUUCGACUAUCACGUUAUAAACCAGGAAUCGAAUGUAGCUUGCACUUUGGCAAACAUGACGAUCUCGUUGAAAGUACCUUACGAGAUGAAAACUUCUGGAACCAAAACAACAAAUUUGGAUGUGCCACAUGAUGUUAAAAUAAACGGUAAAUGUGACGAUGCAUCACCCACGAUAGAAUUCAUCUGGAAAUCGACGGAGGACACUUCUGAUACAGUUGCCACUGAAAAUGUGGUUACUCUCACUUUCAAAAAGGAUGACUCUAAAUUUUUUGUUCGUGCAAUAAACGUUAGCUUGUACAUGGACGAAAAGAAUUUCCCUGAUGCAAAACAAGCGAAACAAAGACACGAGGCACUAGCGAAGGAAGUUACUUUAUUUUCCACACCCCUGAAGCAACUUUUCAAAUGCACUCCUCAAUCCCAGGUAAAAGCUGUAGACGUCGAGGUAACCAUCAGUAAAGUGGCAUUGAUCGCAUUUAAUACCGAGAGUAAGGUCUUAUGGAAAUCAGUGAACAAUUGCGUUACCGACGAAGCGGGAAGUGAUGUAGGUGCAAUAGUUGGUGGUAUUAUAGGAUCUCUUAUUUUGAUCGGUUUGAUAGCAUUCGGAAUCAUAAUGUACAGGAAAAGAAGAAGAAUGAUGUAAACAAUUUUCAACUGGUAUAUUACUAUUGUGAAUAGAUUGAUAUCAGGUUUAGAUAAAAUACAGCGUUUUCUAAAUUGUUACCAGAUGCAUAUAAAAAUAUGAUUUUCUAUAAAGAUAAAUUUGUCUAUCUUCAAUAAUAGAAUCUAUUGUUUCA